CGUGCUUCACUGUGAGGAGAAACAGGAUCCUGUCUCUCUGGCUGUAUCCUUGGCCCCUUGUCACCAUGAGGAGCGCACGCUCAUUCUUCGCCUCGCUGCUGGCUGUGGCGCCCUGCCUGCGCUUCGCCGCGGCGCAGGGCCCCGCCCCGACUGUCUGGACGGAGCCCGGCUCCGGCAUCGUCUUCAACACCUGGUCUGCUGAGAAUGCGCCAACCCAGGGUGAGGGCUACGGGCCUCGGAGUCUGGGAGGCUACACCUUUGGUGUGGCCCUGCCGUCCAACGCCCUGACUGUCGACGCCACCGAGUUCAUCGGAUAUCUGGAGUGCUCGACCCCCGUCACCCCGGGCGAGGGGUACUGCGGCAUCUCGCUCGGCGGCGGCAUGACCAACUCGCUGCUGCUGCUGGCGUGGCCGCACGGGGACGAGAUCCUCACGUCGUUCCAGUUCGCCACGUCGUACACGGUGCCCGAGCUGUACGCGGGCGACGCCAAGCUGACGCAGAUCUCGUCCAAGCGCAACGACACGCACUACUCGCUCGUCUUCCGCUGCCAGAACUGCCUGUCGUGGAACCACAACGGCGCCGUGGGCGGGCCCAAGACGAGCGCGUCCUUUAUGCUGCUCGGCUGGGCCCAGGCCAAGACCGCGGUCAAGAACCCGGAGUGCCCCGCCCGCGCCGUCAUCCAGCAGCACGACAACGGCAUGAACCUGUACCCCGCCAACCUCGUCGCCGCCGUCGCGAACCCGUCGUACACGGAGUGGGCCGCAAAGGCCACCAAGACGGUGACGGGCUCGUGCGCCUCGGCCACGGCCACGCAGGUCAUCUCGACCCCGGUGCCCACGGGCGUCACGUACGACUACGUCGUGGUCGGCGCCGGCGCCGGAGGCAUCCCCAUCGCCGACAAGCUGAGCGAGGCCGGCAAGUCGGUCCUGCUCAUCGAGAAGGGCCCGCCGUCGACCGGGAAAUGGGGCGGCAAGAUGGGCCCGGCCUGGCUCGCCGGCACUGGCCUCACGCGCUUCGACGUCCCGGGCCUGUGCAACCAGAUCUGGGUCGACUCUAACGGGGUUGCUUGUGACGAUACGGACCAGAUGGCCGGCUGCGUUCUCGGAGGAGGCACCGCCGUGAACGCUGGGCUCUGGUGGAAGCCCUACUCCAAAGACUGGGACGAAAACUUCCCGUCGGGCUGGAAGGCCUCGGACGUGGCGGGCGCCACGAGCCGCGUCUUCAGCCGGAUCCCGGGCACCGACACGCCGUCGCAGGACGGCAAGCGCUACCUGCACCGGGGCUUCGACGCGCUGGCCGGCGGGCUCAAGUCGGGCGGCUUCUCCGAGGUGAGCGCCCUGGCCGCGCCCGAGCGCAAGAACCGCACCGUCAUGGCCGGGCCCUUCAUGUAUUCAAACGGCGAGCGCGGCGGGCCCUUGGCGACGUACCUGUCCACGGCCAGCGCCCGCUCGAACUUUAAGCUCUGGACCAACACGGCCGUCCGCCGCGUCGUGCGCGAGGGCGGCCACGUCACGGGCCUCGAGGUCGAGGCCUUCCGCGACGGCGGCUACGUCGGCACCGUCCAGCUCAAGCCGGGCAGCGGCCGUGUGAUCCUGGCUGCCGGAGCGUUUGGCAGCGCAAAGCUGCUGAUGAGGAGCGGCAUCGGUCGCCCGGACCAGCUCGAGAUUGUAAAGUCGUCGGCCCGCGACGGCGCCACCAUGAUUUCGAACUCGUCGUGGAUCUCGCUGCCUGUGGGGAACAACCUCCUCGACCACGUCAAUACCGAUACCGUCAUCUCUCACCCCAACGUCGAGUUCUACGACUUCUACGAGGCGUGGACGGCACCCAAUGUGACGGACAAGUCUCUGUAUCUCAACAAGCGCUCGGGCAUCCUCGCCCAGGCCGCUCCCAACAUCGGGCCUCUGUUCUUUGACGAGAUCCGCGGCUCGGACGGCAAGGUCAGGCAGCUCCAGUGGACGGCACGCGUCGAAGGCAGCCUGGGCGCCGCCAACGGGAAGACCAUGACCAUGAGCCAGUACCUCGGCAGGGGCACGACGUCGCGCGGCCAGAUGAGCAUCACGCCGGGCCUGGUGACGGUCGUGUCGACGGUGCCGUACCUCCGCACGGCCGAGGACAAGGCGGCCGUCGUCCAGGGCAUCGUCAACGUGCAGAACGCGCUCAAGAACGCCGCCGGCAUCACGUGGGUGUUCCCGGAGCCGGGAGUCAGCGCCCAGGAAUACGUCGAUAAUAUGCUUGUCUCGUACACCAACCGCCGCGCCAACCACUGGAUGGGCACAAACAAGCUCGGCACCGACGACGGCCGCGGCAACGGCGGCACGGCCGUCGUGGACGUCAACACAAAGGUCUACGGCACCGACAACCUCUUCGUCGUCGACGCCGGCAUCUUCCCGGGCAUGGUGGCGACCAACCCGUCGGCCUACAUCGUCGUGGCCUCGGAGCGGGCCGCCGAGCGCGUGCUGGCCCUGGCGCCCGCCACGCCCCAGCCGCGGUACUCGCAGUGCGGCGGCCGGAACCACAACGGCAGCUUCCAGUGCGCCGCGCCCUACAAGUGCACGGCCCAGAACCAGUACUACUCGCAGUGUCUGUAG